UUUGCAAUAGCGGGUGGUGCUGGGGGGAGAGGCGAGGGGAAAAUAAAAUAAAAGCAACAAUCGGGUAAAUGCUCCUCUCUUCUCGCCAUCAGCACCUUGCACAGUGAACUGGAAGAUGGAGAUGGAUGUUAAGGGAGUUUCUCCGUGCCCGGAGCCCAUCCCCCCGGCGGCGGGGUCUGGCGGCUGCCCGCACCAGCGCCCGCACCACCGCGAUGGGCAGCCCGCGGAGCCGGCCCCCGCCGCCGACAGCGGCCACCCGGAGCGGAGGCACGGCAGUGAGAAAGAGGACAAAAAGAGACCUACAGCCAACAAGACUUCUGGUGCUCCUUCCUACAGCAGAUGGUCCAGUUCACAGCCCCAUCAGUCCAGCUCCACAGUGAGAACGUACCAAAACAGUAAAUCGAGAGUGACCAUGAGCCCUGGCUUUAGCUCCCAGUGGAAUAGCAGCCAACCUGCUUGGAAUACAUACACCUUUCCAAGAGCAAGCUUGCACUACCAGUCUCAUGCUAGCUACACCUACUGUGCUGGACAUCCUGCUCAGUCCUAUGCACCAGCUCCCCACCCCAUGGCUCCUCCCAGCCCCAGCACAAACAGCAGCAACAACAGCAGCAACAACAGCAGCGGAGAGCAGUUGAGUAAAACCAACCUGUACAUUCGAGGCCUUCCACCCGGCACCACCGACCAGGACCUUAUCAAGCUGUGCCAGCCGUAUGGGAAAAUUGUAUCCACAAAGGCAAUUCUUGACAAAAACACAAAUCAGUGCAAAGGUUAUGGUUUUGUAGAUUUUGACAGUCCUGCAGCAGCACAGAAAGCAGUAGCAUCUCUCAAAGCAAAUGGCGUGCAGGCACAGAUGGCAAAGCAACAAGAGCAAGAUCCCACAAAUCUAUACAUCUCAAAUUUACCCGUGUCCAUGGAUGAGCAGGAACUGGAGAAUAUGCUGAAACCCUUUGGACAUGUCAUUUCCACCAGAAUAUUAAGAGAUGCAAAUGGAGUCAGCAGAGGAGUCGGCUUUGCCAGAAUGGAGUCUACAGAAAAAUGUGAAGUAGUAAUUCAGCAUUUUAAUGGCAAAUAUCUGAAAACCCCACCUGGUCUACCAGCCCCCACUGAGCCUUUGCUGUGCAAAUUUGCUGAUGGAGGGCAAAAGAAGCGCCAGAAUCAAAGCAAAUACACACAGAAUGGAAGGCCAUGGCCCAGAGAAGGAGAGGCUGGCAUGGCUUUGACUUACGAUCCAACAGCUGCUAUACAGAAUGGAUUUUAUUCCUCACCGUACAGUAUUCCAACAAACCGCAUGAUUCCACAGACAUCAAUCACGCCAUUCAUUGCUGCUUCCCCUGUCUCUACAUAUCAGGUCCAGAGUACUUCAUGGAUGCCUCAUCCGCCAUAUGUUAUGCAACCAACAGGUGCUGUGAUAACACCAACAAUGGACCACACUAUGUCAAUGCAGCCAGCAAGCAUGAUGGGCCCUCUGACCCAACAGAUGAACCACCUUUCCUUGGGCACAACAGGAACGUACAUGACUGCUGCUGCACCUAUGCAAGGGACCUACAUUCCCCAGUACACUCCUGUGCCUCCAACAGCUGUCCCUAUUGAAGGUGUUGUUGCUGAUACUUCUCCACAGACAGUAGCAUCUUCAUCACAGGAAGCCAGUGGUCAACAGCAACAGAUGACAGUGGAAACAUCCAGUGAACAUGCGCCUGCAUAUUCUUACCAACAGUCUAAACAAUAAACAGGACUGAAGAAUGUCGGUCUGAAAUCUUUGCCUUGAAUGGAGAAACUUCACUGAACAAGAAGUUGGCUUCCAGUUUGCACAGGCGUCAAAUGAAUGCUUUUUUUUUUUCUACCUUUCCCAACGAAAACAAAACAGUGUUUUUAUGUGCUGUGCAAAUGGUUCCGUCAUGUAGUCUGACAAUUUUAUUUUUGCUAUUUUUUUUUUCAACUAAAGGAAAAACCCAGAGGAAAAAUGCUGGGUUGACAUUUCAUCUGGAUGAACAUUUGAAUUCAGAAUUUACCUGGAGGUGUAGCUAGAUUUUUUUUUUUUU